CAGACCGAGACACCAGUUACAGAUCUCGUCGUCGUCAAGACUUGCAAAUUUUUGAAAAAAAAAUAAAACAUAACGCACAAGUACACUCGAACAGAAAUGGCAGCUAAGUUGAUCGUCUUCGCCGCUUGCGUGGCCUCUGCCCUCGCCCAAUACCCCGCCCCGGCUUACAAACCCGCUUACUCGGCGCCCGCUUACCCGGCACCAAAGGCUUACGCUCCGGAACCCGCCUACGCACCGGCCCCGUACAACUUCGAAUACAGCGUCAACGACCCACACACCUACGACGUCAAGAGCCAAUCCGAAUACGCCGACGGCAACGGUUACGUCAAGGGAUCGUACAGCCUUUUGGAAGCCGACGGCUCCACCCGCGUCGUCGAAUACACCGCCGACGACUACAACGGUUUCAACGCCGAAGUCAAGAAGAUCGACGGUGGAUACAAAGCCCCGUACAGCGCACCGGCCUACAAGCCAGCCUACCCAGCACCCGCUGCCUACCCAGCACCAGCUUACCCAGCACCGGCUUACAAACCAGCCCCGUACAAGCCAGCUUACCCGGCACCGGCCUACAAGCCUGCUCCGUACAAGGCGUACUAAUCACACCAGCGACUCGUCCUGGCGAUGUAUCGCAGCACCACCACUCCCAGACUAAAUCUCUUCGCCGCCGGUGAAACCGUCGCAAAUAUUAUCGAUGCCAACACCCGAACGAUUCGCAUGUUUAUUGCGCCUGCGACGCGCGUAUAAAUAUACAUUUUGUAAAUAGAUCUUAAUAGACGACAUCACAUCAUCAUUAUUAUAAUUAUUAUCAUUAUUGCCUAUAUUAUACGAUCCGUCGUGAUACUAUAAUA